CGGGGGCGGCCGCUGUGCUCGGCUCGGCUCCGUUCCGCCCGUCCCGUCCCGUCCCGUCCCGUCGCGGCGAUGCCGGGGCUGCGGCUCCCGGUGCUGCUCCUGCUGCCGCUGCUGGCCGCCGCCCCCCCCGCGCCCCCCACCCACACGGCGCCCCCCGACAGCGCGCUGAGGCCCGGGGCCGCGGGGGUGGGGGGCUCCCGGGGCUCCACGGCGGCUCCCCCCAGAGACGCCGGGACGGGGGGGGCAACGAACAGCAGCGCCGCGACCCCCCCGAGGGGCACCGCGGCGGGGGGGGCGCCGAAAAGCCCGGCCGCGACCCCCCCGAGGGGCACGGAGAGGGGGGGGCCGGGAAGCGCCACCCCCGCCAGCCCCCAGCCCCCAGAGCGCGGGACGCUGAAGGGGGGGGCAGGGGCCAAAGCCCCCGUGCCCAGGAGGAAAGUCGUGCGGGUCAAGGUGGUGAAGAAAAAGGUGCUGAAGAAGAAGCCGAAGGCUCCAGCCAAGCACCCGGCUGCCCCGCAGGAGCCUCAGUGCCCCCCGCUGGGGCUGGAGUCCCUGCGAGUGCUGGACUCCCAGCUCCGUGCCUCCAGCGACAAGCGCUACGGCCUGGGCGCCCACCGUGGGCGGCUCAACAUCCAGUCGGGGCUCUACGACGGGGAUUUCUUCGACGGCGGCUGGUGCGCGGGGCAGGAGGACAAGGAGCAGUGGCUGGAGAUCGACGCCCGCCGGCUGACCAACUUCACCGGGGUCAUCACGCAGGGGCUCAACUCCAUCUGGACGUACGACUGGGUGACCUCCUACAAGGUCCAGUUCAGCAACGACACGCACACGUGGCAGCCGUGCCGCAACGGCACCGAGGAGGCGGUCUUCCCGGGGAACAAGGACCCCGAGACGCCGGUGCUGAACCUGCUGCCCUCGCCGGUGGUGGCCCGCUACAUCCGCAUCAACCCGCAGACCUGGUUUGAGAACGGCACCAUCUGCCUGCGGGCGGAGGUCCUGGGCUGCCCCCUGCCAGACCCGAACAACAUCUACUACUGGCCCAGCGACCCCGUGCCCACGGACAAGCUGGAUUUCCGCCACCACAACUACAAGGAGAUGAGAAAGCUGAUGAAGCGGGUGAACGAUGAGUGCCCCAACAUCACCCGCGUCUACAGCAUCGGGAAGAGCUACCUGGGCCUCAAGAUGUACGUCAUGGAGAUCUCCGACAACCCGGAGCACGAAGUGGGUGAGCCCGAAUUCCGCUACGUGGCGGGGAUGCACGGCAACGAGGUGCUGGGCCGGGAGCUGCUGCUCAACCUGAUGGAGUACCUGUGCCGCGAGUUCCGCCGCGGAAACCCCCGCGUGGUGCGGCUGGUCACCGAAACCCGCAUCCACCUCCUGCCCUCCAUGAACCCCGACGGCUACGAGACCGCCUACAAGCUGGGCUCCGAGCUGUCGGGCUGGGCCAUGGGCCGCUGGACCUACGAGGGCAUCGACCUCAACCACAACUUCGCCGACCUCAACACGGCGCUGUGGGACGCCGAGGACAACGACCUGGUGCCCCACGAGUUCCCCAACCACUACAUCCCCAUCCCCGAGUACUACACCUUCGCAAACGCCACGGUGGCCCCCGAGACGCGGGCGGUGAUCGACUGGAUGCAGCGCUACCCCUUCGUGCUGAGCGCCAACCUGCACGGCGGGGAGCUGGUGGUCACCUACCCCUUCGACAUGACCCGCACCUACUGGAAGGCGCAGGAGCUGACGCCCACGGCCGACGACGGCGUCUUCCGCUGGCUGGCCACCGUCUACGCCACCUCCAACCUGGCCAUGGCCAGCGAGGAGCGCCGCCUCUGCCACUACGACGACUUCAUGCGCUCCGGCAACAUCAUCAACGGGGCCAACUGGCACACGGUGCCCGGCAGUAUGAACGACUUCAGCUACCUGCACACCAACUGCUUCGAGAUCACGGUGGAGCUCUCCUGCGACAAGUUCCCGCACGCCUCCGAGCUGCCGGCCGAGUGGGAGAACAACCGCGAGUCGCUGCUGCUCUACAUGGAGCAGGUGUGGGACCGGGAGGCACCCCCGGCCCCGGGGGUCCCACCGACACUGAGGGGCUGGUGGCGGGAUGCAGCCAGGGGGUCCCCAAAUGCCCCCCAAGGCUUUGCACCCCCCUUCCUUCCUCCCUCAAUGGGGAGGCUGGGGCUGGGGCAGCAGGGGCGUGCGCACUGUGUGUGCGCUCU